CACAACCCAAGACAACCAGCAAGCAACAAGAAGCAAAGAAAGAAGAGAAAAGACAACCAACACACACACACACACACACACACGCAAGCAUGAACGUGCGGCUGUUGUCUGCGCUGGCACUCUCGGUGCUGUUUGCCUUUAAAGGGCAAUACACGACGGCCGUUAUCGUGUCCGCGCUCACGCUACUGAUCCACUACUUCUUUCGAACAACAGAGGACGCACCAGCCGCGGGUAGACAAAGGAAAGCGAGGAGAGAUGAAGUGCGUGCGUUGCUUGCCGCCGUCCCCAACAUUAGCGAGUCUCGGGCAAAGAAUGCACUCUCAAUGUGCAACAACAACGUGGAAAAGGCGAUUGAAAUGCUGGAGAAAUCACAAGGGUCACUCAGGAAUCAGUUCUUGGAGCGCAAGCAUGCCAUGUUUGACGAGGCACGCAGGAAAUAUCUGGCCAAGCACUCAAACGAGGCGCGGGCGUAACGCCAUGGCGGCGUGUGGGUGACUGUGGCCUCGUUUCUCAUGUUCUCAUGUACACGUCUGAACGACAACCCGUGUUAUCUUCAAGUGCAAGCCCGUUGCUUGUCCACUGUGCGUGCGUGUGUGUGUGUGUGCGUGCGUGCGUGUGU